GCCGGUUUCCGCCGGAAAAGGUUCCGUCCGGUCCAGGCGGUUCUACGUCUCUUUCUGCUUCCUUUACCAAUUGGUAAUAAUCCAUUGAUCCGGUACAGAUCCGGAGAGGUACCGAAGCUGAACGAUAAACUCCUGUCCGGUUUUGUAAGUAGGUGCUGCGUCUCAAUGCAGAUGUUUCGGGUGAAAUGAAUAAGGCACCUCAGCCUCUGUCUGGACCCCCAUCCGCCCCGUCCCAUCCCUCCGUCCCGCUCCCAGCACCCUCCCCGGGUCUGUCCCAGCCCAGUUUUCCUUCCGCUCCACCUUCAGUUGUUUUCGGCACCCCUCCACCACAAAUGAACCCCUCCGCCCAACCCCGACAGUUUGCCUCGGGUCCUAGAGCUUUACCACAACAGGGUGGAUUCAGGUCGCUGCAGCCGUACUAUGCCAGUCGGCCCACUUUACCUGCCAAUUCUGGGCGUGUUCAGUCGAGCCCCGCCCCUCACACAAUUCCCCCUCAACACGGAGCACGGCCGGCUCAUGUGUUCCAGUCUGGCCCCUCCCAAAUGAUGAUGAUUCCCCAGCAAUCAAUCAGCUUCCCAAACACGCAAGGCACCGCCUUCUACAUACCCGGCCAGUACCGCCCCUCUUACGUGACCCCUCAGCAGUAUCAGGUGGCCGGUUCUCCUGGUUUUUACCCUGGUACCAGUCCAGGUGAUUAUGCUGGAGCGUAUUACCCCGCUCAGCCCCAGUUCACACCCCCUGUUCCCCCUGCACCCGUUUUGAUGAGCCCAGCUCCACAGCAGCAGCAAGCCCCGCCUCCUCCACAGCAGCAAGCCCCGCCCAAACGGGAACGCAAGCAGAUAAGAAUUAGGGACCCUAAUCAAGGAGGUCGUGACAUCACGGAAGAGAUAAUGUCAGGAGGUCACAGCGGAUUAACACCUACACCUCCUCAGCCUAACGGAGAUAACGCCUCACCUGUGGUGGUCAUGGCAACCAGAGCGGAGUUUCCCAUCCCUCCAGGUGAAAGCCCUGUACCCGAUGCUCCGCCCACUCCCCCUCCCACCAGUCCAUUAGACGAUACGGUGGAUGCUCCGCCCCCCGAAUCUGCAGACGAUACCUUCGUGGCGUCCGCUCUGUUGGAAGCGGCCAUGGAAGUCGAACAGGAAAAACCCACCCCCUCCAGUUCUAACGGUGCAGGUGACGCACCCCCUAAAGGUAAAGAGGAUGAGCCAGUGCUGGAGAUCCCGCCUAUCCCCACUCUGCAGGCGGAGCCAGCGCUGGAAUCUCCAAUAGCGCAGCCAGAAGAGCUUCAGCUUUUCAACGGCGGAGAAGCGCCGGCAAAUCUAGCUCAAAAGGCAUACAGAGACGUAAGCCCUAUCGCCGAACCCGAUGUCACUGAGGAAGCUCCACCCGUUACCACGGAAACGCCUGUUAGGACAGUCAAAGAAACCCCUCCACAGGUUGUCGAAGAAACGGUUGCUAAGGAAGUGCCAGCUCCAGUUGUUAAGGAGCCUAUUCCUCCGGUUGUUAAGGAGCCUAUUCCUCCGGUUGUUAAGGAGCCUAUUCCUCCGGUUGUUAAGGAGCCUAUUCCUCCGGUUGUUAAGGAGCCUAUUCCUCUGGUUGUCAAGGAGACCCCUGCUCCUGUUAUAAAGGAGACUCCUGCUGUCGUCAAGGAAACCUCUCCUGUGGUUGCUGUGGAAAUGCCCGAGCCGGUUGAUAAGGAAGCAUCUCAGAAGGUUGUCCAGGAGACUGCUGUCAAAGAAACGGGUGAAAAACAAACUCCGGAAAGUGUCGUUAGCGAGCCGCUGCCUCCUGUUGCCAAGGAAACCGAUAAACGGGUUGUCAAGGAAACCUCUGAGGCGGUUGUCAAGGAGCCCGCUGCCCCGUCAGAGGUUGCUGUGGAUGUUUCAAAAGCCAAGCCCCCUCCGGCCGAUGAGCGAGAGGAUGUUCCGACUCCGCAGGCCGUUCUCUCUGAGAGUACCAUGACAGCCAUUUCUGUGCCAAAGAAGAAAAGAAAAUUCAAAGAGUUGAAUAAGAGAGAGGCCGGUGAUAUGCUCGAUGCCUUUAAAGAGCCUCCUCCCCCUGAGCCUGAGGCCGCACCCCCGGUGAAGGCGGAGCCAGAGCUUGUUGCUCCAGUGGCCCCGCCCCCUGCAGAAGAUGUGGAUGAGACAUGGGAGGAGAAAGAAGAUAAACUCGAUGCUGAAAACAUCAGGCCACAGAGCCCCGCCACGCCCACUGAUCUGAAGUACCAGUAUAAAGAAGAUCAAUGGAAACCUAUAGACCCAGAGGAGAAGAAGAAAUAUGACCGAGAGUUUCUGCUGGGCUUCCAGUUCAUCAGUGCCAGUAUGCACAAGCCUGAGGGUUUGCCACAAAUCAGUGAUGUCGUUCUGGACAAGGCCAAUAAAGCUCCUCUGAGGCAGCUGGAUCCCAGUCGUUUGCCUGGAAUGAACUGUGGUCCGGAUUUCACCCCGUCAUUCGCCAACCUUGGCCGUCCGUCAGCCGGUGGGCGUGGCCCGCCGUCAGGUCUGGGCGGCCCCCGGCGUUCGGGUCAGGGCCAGCGGGGUAAAGAGCCUCGUAAGAUCAUCACCAGCAUGUCUCUCGGCGAGGACAUUCAACUGAAUAAGGCGGAGAAGGCGUGGAAGCCGUCGGUUAAGCACAGCAGUCGAGUGGAGGAAGACGACGCAGAUGCGCCCAAGACGCAGGAGCUGUUUAAGCGUGUUCGUAGCGUGUUGAAUAAACUGACGCCGCAGAUGUUUCAGCCGUUGAUGAAGCAGGUGACUGACAUGACCAUCGACACAGAAGAGCGCCUGAAGGGAGUCAUCGACCUGAUCUUUGAGAAAGCCAUCUCUGAACCAAACUUCUCCGUCGCUUACGCCAACAUGUGCCGCUGCCUUAUAGCGCUAAAGGUUCCCACCUCUGAUAAACCAGGAGUGACAGUGAACUUCAGGAAGCUGUUGUUGAAUCGCUGUCAGAAGGAGUUUGAGAAAGACAAAGAUGAUGAUGAAAAUUUUGAGAAGAAACAGAAAGAAUUGGAUGCUGCCACAGUGGAAGAGGUGAAGCAAAAGUUGAAGGAUGAGCUUGAGGAAGAGAAAGACAAAGCUCGACGACGGUCGCUAGGAAACAUCAAGUUCAUUGGCGAGCUGUUCAAACUGAAGAUGUUAACAGAGAACAUCAUGCACGACUGUAUCGUCAAGCUGCUGAAGAACCAUGACCCGGAGAGUCUCGAGUGUCUCUGUCGUCUGCUCUCCACCAUCGGCAAAGAUCUCGACUUCGAGAAGGCUAAGCCUCGAAUGGAUCAGUAUUUCAAUCAGAUGGAGAAAAUUAUCAAAGAUAGGAAAACAUCUUCCAGAAUCCGCUUCAUGUUGCAGGACGUCAUCGACCUAAGACGGAGUAACUGGGUGCCACGCAGAGGAGAUCUGGGUCCGAAGACCAUCGAGCAGAUUCACAAGGAGGCUGAGCUUGAGGAGCACAGAGAGCAUGUCAAAGUCCAACAGCUCAUGUCUAAGAAGGAUGGCAGAGGAGGAGGAGGAGGAGGAGGAGGAGGCGGCGGCGGCGGUGGCGGCGGUGGAGGAGGUGGAGGAGGAGGAGGAGGAGGAGGAGGAGGAGGAGGAGGAAGUGGAAUGGGUGGUCAGGGAUCUCGGGGUGGGCAGCAUACCCCUGGUUCCCGUGGAAACCAGACGCCUGACGACGGCUGGAACACGGUGCCCAUUUCCACCAAAAACAGACCCAUCGACCCCACUCGACUCAGCAAGAUUACCAAGCCUGGCGCUUUGGACUUUAAUAAUCAGCUUCUUGCCCCUGGAGGUAAGGGCACAUGGGGCAGUUGGGGUAAAGGCAGUAGCGGCGGCUCCGGAGCGAAACCCAGCGACGGCGCUCAGGACACUGGUCGCCCGAGCAAUCUGAACCGCUUCUCAGCGCUCCAACAGCAGUCCGCGUCUUCCUCAUCCUCAAACAUGGAGUCUGACAGGCGGGUUCCUCAAAGGAACAGCUCCAGUCGGGAACGCUUUGACCGCCGCGACGAGCGCGGGGAUCGGGGAAGCGACCGCUACGAUCGCCGUGACGACCGGCAGGACCGGAAUCGCCCCGCCAUCGGCAAGCGAAGCUUCAGCCGUGAUAAGGACGAGAGGAGUCGGGAGAGAGAUCAGCGUCCGGCGGAAACGGUCCGGAGAGUGUCCAGCAUGACGGACGAGCGGAGAGAGAGAGACCGCGGCACCCGGGAGAUAGUGAAGAGAGAGACUGCUCCCACUCCACCACCUGCUUCAACCAAACCUGCGCUGACCGAAGAAGAACUGGAGAAGAAAACAACAGCCAUCAUAGAGGAAUACCUACACAUCAAUGACAUCAAGGAGGCGCUGCAGUGUGUGGUGGAGUUGAACUGCACGUCCUUGUUGUCCGUGUUUGUGCGGGCGGGAAUCGAGUCGACUCUGGAGCGCAGCGCCAUCGCUAGAGAGCACUUGGGUUUACUGUUCCACCAGCUCAUCAAAACACAAACACUAUCAACACAACAGUAUUAUAAAGGGUUGGAGGAGGUUCUGGAGGUGGCGGAAGACAUGGCUAUUGAUAUUCCUCACAUCUGGCUGUAUCUGGCUGAACUCAUCUGUCCUGUGCUGCACGAGGGGGGCAUUCCCAUGGGCCCACUCUUCAGGGAAGUGGCAAAACCUCUGCUGCCGUUUGGGAAAGCUGGAGUUUUACUGGCGGAGAUUUUCAAACUUCUCUGUAAAGGAAUGAGUCUUAAGAAGGUGGGGACGAUGUGGAAGGAGGCGGAGCUUAGCUGGAAAGACUUCCUUCCAGAAGACGAGGAUGUGAAUAAGUUCGUCACGGAAAAGGGAGUGGAGUUGACUUUGGAUGAGGAGUGUGUGAGUAAGAGCAGUAAAUCGUCUCUGAGCACAGAGGAGAUCUCGCGGGAGCUCGAGCGACUCCUGCAGGAGAAAGCCGACAACCAGAGGAUCUUUGAUUGGGUGGAGGCCAACCUGGAUGAGCAGCAAGCAGCUUCUGAUGGGUUUGUGCGAGCGGUGAUGAUGGCGGUUUGUCAGGCGGCCAUCGUCUGUGAUAACCCGUGUAAAGCAGACGCUAAAGUUAUUACCCAGCGGGCCAAGCUGCUUCAGCGCUACAUUACGGAUGAACAGAAGGAGCUUCAAGCGCUUUACGCUUUACAGAAUCUGAUGGUGCAGAUGGAGCAGCCGCCCAAUUUGUUGCGGAUGUUUUUUGACGUGUUGUACGACGAGGACGUGAUCAAAGAGGAUGGCUUCUAUAAAUGGGAGUCCUGUAAAGACCCGGCGGAACAGCAGGGCAAGGGCGUCGCCCUCAAGUCUGUCACCGCCUUCUUUACCUGGCUACGAGAAGCUGACGACGAAUCAGACAACAGCUAGAGCUCUGACCACACCCACUACACAGGAGCAUCAAGGUGGAAAAAAGAACAAAAAACAACAAACAUUGGGAGAUUUUCAAUAAUAAAAUAUUAAGACAUUUUUACUUUACUUUACGUUUUUUUGUUUGUUUGUUUGUUUUUCAAAUUUCAAAAUGCUGUUGAACCGAAAUGACAAUGAAGAGUGUUGGAGGAGUAUAAGCCUUACCUGCUCGCCGAACUUUAUGGGCUUUUAGUCUUUAGCAUUGCCACUUCCUGUGUCACGCCGCUGCCAUGGAGACGUACUCGGAUGACAUCACCGCACUCAGAUGACAUCGCCGCUUGGAAUUCUUCAUUUACGAUGUCACUCGCUGACGUAAAGCUGCUCGGAGUUGCGCGUUUGUUUUUCGAAGCCUGCAGACGUAGUUCGCUGUGGAGCGAGUUGCUGUUAACGGAGGAGAAGUGACGUUUCUUUCUCUCUUGCCUCAGUGUAGAUCUAGCCCAGUGAAUUCAGCUGUUUGUUGUUUUCUACUUUUUUUAUGACUGAAGAAUUUAAGAAAAAAUGCAAACUGCGCCUCCACUUCAGAGCUCUGGACGGGGCGAGCGUGAGAACAUGCGACAAUGUUGAACUUUUUGCUGCUGCUGCUGAUGACGUCGAUGACGUUUCUGUCGGCCGGAUCGGACCUGACGUACGGUUCUCUGAACUUAACACAAAAAAAAAAACAUUAAAAAAGAGGAGCGGAGAGUUGCGUGUGGUGGAUGUUUCGCACACCUCCUGCUGCACGUGUAGUGGACUUUAAAAUCAAAUCAUUAUUACCACUUGAAUAUAUAUAAAUAAAGUCCUUCAGAGGGGUUUAAAGAACACACAACGGCUGGAUGGAGUUUGGAUGAGAAUGAAUACUACAUGCCUUUCAGCGUCCUGCAUUUCAGGAGUGCCCUGUAAAUAUAUUUUUUGUUUCUUUUUUUCCAAUAAUAAAAAAAUCUAACCUUAAUGCCAUUUAAUAAUUUUUCUGUAUUUCAUUUUUUUUCCUUUGCGGUUUAACCACCCGGCUUGUAAAAUGAUUCUAGUUAUUGACAAUAGUUUAAUGAAAUUAUGUAAAUAUUUCUCUUUUUUUUGCUUUACGUAUUUAAUGGAGAGAAAUUAAUGCCUCUUUUCACAUUCAAAACUGGAAAGAUAAUAAAGAAUAUUGCAAUGAAAA